AUGCCGACGACAUCAUCUGCCCCGGUGUACGUCCCUAGUGCGAGUAGAAAGCUUCGAAAAGCCGGCGACACCCCGUACAUGUCCAUCCACAGCUUAACCCGGCGCAGAUUCCCAGUGCGAGUGAGAAGCAUGGGGCGCCUCAGUCACACUAUUCCACCACGGCCCACCGUCCACGGGGUGUACCAAGGGUGCGAACCAAGGCCGUGCCCACGUUUCUUGCUUCCCGUUACCCAAAGCCGUCUCCAGCAAUGGGCCGACCACGUCUUGCUGUCGGGACCCUUUGGAGACUGCCGCGCCGGCACAGUGCUUCCGGUCCACGUACAACUAACCAACCCCCGUAACGGCACUACCUCCUCGCUGCAGGCAAUCCCAGAAGCCUUCCGGGGAAGGACGCCUGCCUUUCCGGCUGGCAAAGUUUUUUUUUUUUGUGCCACGCUGGCUCGCAUCGCGAGAUUGGGCCUUGUCUUGUGCGCCUCUAUGCGGGUGGCGCGCCGAACCGCCGAUCGGACUCUUCCUUCACCGCGAUCAGUGGAAAACUCGUCAAAGGGGAGAUCUGUCGAUUAUACAUGGGUGUUGCGAGGAAAGGCGUUCCGUGUAGUGACGGUGCUUAGGGCGACAGGUUGA